CAUCAUUACUAUAAUAUGUAUAUUUUUAUAGGCGAAAUCCUUGUUGCCGAUGUUAUUGAUUCGGACAGUUGGCGACUGUGGCCCUCGGGCGACAAAAGACUGAUGGUAGACAAACAGGUCUACAGAAAUCUCUCCACAGUCACCGAAAAAGACUUGGAUACGGUAAAACGUAACUUCGAAUGGGUGGCCGACCAACUGGACCAUCUGAUACCCCCAAAUGACCAUCUCGUAGUGAUCGUAAUGGGAAGCCCUUCAGAUAAAGAACACUGCCAUAAAAUUAAGAAAUACUGCGAGGGAUUGGGAUUGAAUGCGGAGAUUAGAGUUACGUCGGCACACAAAACCACGCAGUACACUUUAGAAAUUGUCAGUUAUUACGAAGGGUUGAAUUUACCAAUUGUUUUCAUAGCCGUCGCGGGCAGGUCGAACGGGUUAGGACCUGUUAUUUCAGGUAACACUGAUUUUCCAGUGAUUAAUUGCCCACCCGGACCUAAGGACGAUCUUAGUCGAGACGUUUGGUCCAGUUUAAAUGUGCCCUCUGGAUUGGGCUGUACCACUGUGAUUUACCCGGAAACGGCAGCUUUGGCCGCCGCACAGUCUAUUGCGUUAACGAAUUACAUUGUUUGGAGCAAGCUGAGGGUCAGGAGAUUGGGAUUUUUCAGAUCUCUAACGAAAGCAGAUCAAGAAGCAAAGAACUAAUUUUUCUAUAUGUCUACUGUUCUUAUUUUUUAUAAAAUGUAUUAAAAAUAUAAAUUUUUUAAAUGCUAUUAAUAAUUAUGAUUUUUAAAAACGAA